CUCUCUCAGUCUGUUUGUCUGUCUCUCGCUCUCUCUCUCUCUCUCUCUGUCCGUCUCUCUCUCUCUGUCUCUCAGUAUCUCUCUCUCUGUCUGUCUGUCUGUCUGUCUGCCUGUCUGUCUGCCUGCCUGUCUGUCUGCCUGUCUGUCUGCCUGUCUACUUUCCUGUGUGAGUGUGAGUAUGUCUGUCUGUCUGCCUCUGUCUGUCUGUCCUUCUGCUGGCCUGUUUCAACAUUUUUAAUGUUUUUAAAGAGAAUUUAUUUUUUAUAUUUUAUUUAUAAUUUAUUUUUUAUAUUUAAAACAUUAUUUAUAUUUUCUAUUAUAUUUUUUCACCAAAAUUAUACUUGGGGUGGGACUGCUCUCGGUCUGUGUCUGUCUCUCUGUCUCUCUCUCUCAGUCUUUCUCUCUGUCAGUUUCUCUCUCUGCCUGUCUCUCUGUCUCUCGCUCUGACUCUCUCUCAGUCUGUUUGUCUGUCUCUCGCUCUCUCUCUCUCUGUCCGUCUCUCUCUCUCUGUCUCUCAGCAUAUCUCUGCCUGCCUGUCUGUUUGUCUGUCUACUUUCCUGUGUGAGUGUGUCUGUCUGUCUGCCUCUGUCUGUCCUUCUGCUGGCCUGUUUCAACAUUUUUAAUGUUUUUAAAGAGAAUUUAUUUUUUAUAUUUUAUUUAUUUAUUUAUAUUUAUUUAUAUUUAUUUAUAUUUAUUUAUAUUUUAUAUUUUAUAUUUAAAACAUUCAAACACAUUAUCUAUAUUUUAUAUUGUAUAAAAAUAAACAGUUUGACAUUGAGAUUAUGAGUGGAUGGUUCUUAAUUAAAGGUCAUGUGUUUUGUUUAUUUUGCAAUCAUGAAACAUUUUUGGUUUGUUAAAAAAACCUUUCCUCUUUCAUUAAGAGAUGACAUCUUACCUUAAAAUUAGUAUAAUUACUCUGAGACAUUAUUAUUAUUAUUAUUAUUAUUAUUAUUAUUAUUAUCAUCAUUAAAACACAGAAGAAGUAACUUUGUUUAUACAGUACCUUUCAUAGCAAAGGCACAAGGUGCUUUACAUGAGAGAAUCAAGAUUAAAACAGGACUACGUUUCCAAAUUAAAUCAGUAAAUUAAAUUAAACAGAAUACAAUGUAUCACAAUGAUAUAAGAUUUAAAAAGAGUAAAAUAAAUAAAUAAAUAAAUAAAAUACAUACAAAAUGAAACUAAAUAAAAUGGUUUAAAGAUGUUUUGAGAAGUGGUUUAAAAGACUUUGAAAACAGAGCAGAGGAGCCCUGACAGCAAAGGCCUGGUCACCUUGUUCUUGAUCAAGGAUUUACAAAGCUGAAUCACCAAUCAGGAAAAGUGGACAACUGUAUCACAGGGACCCCAAAAGCCCCAAGAUCACGUUAUAUCUGCUGGUUGUACCAUUUAUGAGUUUGAACCACAGAUUAUUCAUUACUGAAUCUUGUGAUUUGUUUUAAAACCUUUAAACAUUAUCAGAAAACUGUUAAAAUUAAUUAACUGUAUAACUGAGUGGUAACCAAUUAAGAUAGUGGUGAUAUGAUCUUGUCUAGCUGAAUUUGCUUAAAGUCUAGCAGCUCCACUCUGUACCAGCUGAAGGAGCAAGAUUAUUUUGAUUUUUUGCCUUAAUUUGACACAGAAUUUCUUACCACCAAAAAGCUCUGUACAACCAAUUCAGAUAAAUAAAAAUCUGCACAUUGGAAUGAAACAAUGAAUAAAAAAUCAAUUAAAUAAACUUUUUUAUCACUAUAUUUGAAUGAACAUGUCAUUUUCCUCAUCAGGAAAUGGGUCAUUGUGACUUUAAGGAUCUGCUUCAUCACCAACCACCAAUGAGGGAGGGCACUGAGUUGCUUAGCAACAGGGCCCAUACAAACAAACUUUGAAAGCAACUGAGUUAGACAUCAUGCUCAUUUGUAGAUGUAGGUCAAGCUAAUUAUGAUGUUCAGCUGUUCUUGAUUUGUUUGUUUCUAGCCCAUUGUUUUUAAAUUGUUCUUCCUGUCAUGGCUGAUAUCACGAUGUGUGAGCCCCUUAAACUUUACAAUCUCCUCAACCAGUGCAGGUGUGUGUCAAGGCUGGCAGAGAUCAACUACCUCUGUUUGAUUGAUGCUCGUGAAACCCGAGAUUACAACACGAGUCACAUCAUAACAGCUAAAAAUGUCAAAAUGGAUUCAGAAGGCAAAUUCCUCCUGCCAGUGGCUGUGGAGGUUGACAGUAUGCAGCACGUGGUGGUCUAUGAUAGCAAUGCCAGCUGUUUGCAGGAGCAAGGCAGAGCAGUUGAAUGUGCCCAGGUGCUGGCUAAAGCUAGCCUGUAUCCAGUCCACAUUGUGAGAGGAGGCUUUCAGAGGUUCUCAGCGCUCUACCCUUUCUUAAGGACUGAGAAAAUUAUGUACACCAUCACAGAGCUGGAAAACCUGAAGACUUAUCCAGUGGAGGUCAUAGCAGGACUGCUGUAUAUGGGUGACCAGAAACAAGGCACAGACUCCAGUAUCCUCAAAGACCUGAAAAUCAAGGCUGUCAUCAGCAUCUCACUGAGUGACACUCUGGAAUCUAGGUCAAUAAAAUGGAGCCAGACCAUCCUCAGCAUCCCUGUUGCUGACUCAGUGGAGUCUGAUUUGUAUUCAAAUUUUGAAAGGAUUUGUAGUUUUAUUGGGUCACACAUCAACAUGGGCUCUCGUGUCCUGAUAGUUUCCAGGCAGGGCAGAAGCCGCUGCAGUGCUCUGACCAUUGCUUUUCUCAUGCACCACCUCAAAUACACACUGGAGGAGGCCUGGAAGUACAUGCUCAAAUGUAAACCCACCAUGAGGCCAAACACCGGGUUUCUACAGCAGCUUUCAGAAUGGGAGCUUCACACCAUGGGAACAAAAGUCACCGAUAUGUCUGAACCGCAUUUUUAACAAAGGAAUGUGACUAGUUCAUAUUCAGUAAAGAAAACGGAUUUCAGUCGCAUUGCAUCAUCAUUAUUAUUAUUAUUAUUAUUAUUAUUAUUAUUAUUAUUAUUCCAGGGACAUCUCUUCUGUUGUUCCAUUAAGAGACUUAUUCUUAAAACAUAGGCUGCAGCUCUACAAGACUGAGUGAAUUUCAAGAUUACAUAUGCAGCCUUGUUACAUCUCGACAAUCAAGCACAUAUUGUUUUAGAUUUUUUUUUUCCUGGUAAUACUUUAGAAUGCAGCCUGGGAUUUAGAGUGUAAUUUUCUUGUAUGAAUUAGGUACCAAUAAAAUAGUUACCAUGGUUACGACUAUGGGGAACAAAGAAGUAACAACUGGGCAUUUUAGAGGAAAGGAGAAAUAAAUUAGACUAAGUACUUUUGUAAAUACUGUGUGCUGAGUGCCUACAGGGGAUAGUACUGGAGACAUAUGGUGUAAACCUCGUUCAUACUAUGUAAUUAAAGAGUAAAAAGGGGAGAACAGCUAUAUUAAAGUGCACAUUUCACUCAUUAAUAAACAUUAUUGCAGUGUGUGGGAGAAAACAAUAUAAUAAAGGCUACCUCAGUUACACCAACCCUACUGGGAUUUAUUAUCCUUUCUCCCACUUAACUGUAUGAUCUUUAAUAAAGAGAAAUGGGUCUAUAUUUUGAAAAAAUUCUCCUGGCAGGCAUGAUGGUUCUGCAAUGAAGGUGUGCUGCAGUAGAAAACAAGCACACCUUUCUCAAGUGCACAGCUAUGAAGGGUUUUACUGUCAUCUGAGAGGGAAGAAUAUUAUGAAGUAUAUGUGAUGGUGUAACAUACAGAAUUAUUUUAAUUCAUGAUAUGGUAUGAAUACGACAUGUGGUCUGUUCACCACUUUUACCUCUUUAAUCACAGAACAUGGAUGUUAAAACCAUUUCCCCAAAUUUAAGUUCUGUUUACUUAUGAUAUCAUUUCAAAAACUCUGCAAGGAUGAACUGUGUACAGAAUGCGAGGAGACAAAAAGAAACGGACAAAGAAAGUGACAGUGUCACCUAGUGCUUUCUAUACUUAUAUCCUUGUGUACUCUUUUGCAUUCACAAAACCUCCAAGCCUCAUACAGUCCUAAAUGUCAUUUUGUGCUUGAGUCCAUACAUGGGUCUAUGAGAGGUGCUAACAAUACUGGAGAUGACAGUUCCCCCCUGUCUACAGAGUUACACAACAUCAGCUCUAAAAAUAUAGGCCACAUGCAGAUAGUGAGUAAUUUAUCGCCCUGAAAGUCACCUUGCAGGUGACAUAGUGCCCUCCAUGUAGAAACCGAACAAACAACAUGAGUCAUUCAAAUGGUUGUUCCUGUUAUAGAUGGCUGAGCUCAGGGCCAUAAAUCUGGGGUUAAACUCGGCGAAUGAGGCUGAAUUCAUAGGAGCGGUAGUGCUGCCUACCAGGCCGAACUCAGGGAAACAACUUAUAGACAUUCAAACGAGAUCACUGACGGGACGUCUGAUUGGACCACGCAGCUGCAAAUUAGCAUGUCCAGUGAGCACGACGCACGCGGUUUUGUAAAAGGUACCAUCGUUAGCGUUGAUACAACCGGAAACUUUACGUGGCCUCAAAAAUAAAAGCUCAAAGAUUGCCAUUCUUAAAAUGUUUUAGACUGGAACUUUAUUCAAUUUCAGAUAUAUACAAAUAUACAGAUUAAAAGAAUUAGUAAAGUAAAAUUAUCUGUAGGACCUGGUCAAGGUGCUGCAUGCUCAUCUACAGUACUGAAAAAAGAAAAAUAUAUAAAUACAUUUAUAACAACAUAUCAAAUUAAAAUAAAGUAAACAUGGAUUUACAUAAUCUGACUGUAUAAUCAAUCAUAAAGUCACGUGGUUUGUCUAGAAUUGAUUUAUUUCAGAAUACCUCACUGAGAAAAGGGAAACAAAUUAAAAGACUUGAAAAGGUAAAAUUUUAUUUACUUUAUUCUUUUCUAUUUUUUCAGUGUCUCUUUAAAUAAGAAUGGGAAUAAACAUAAGUAGCACUACAAUUAAAAAUAGAGUAGUUUUAGUCUAUGACUUGUAUUUGAACAUUUCAUAGGAUGUUACACCACUUUUUGGCAUUUAUCAGAGGUGCAAACUAAUAAUGAGAAUAAAUCUGCUAUUUAUUAGAUUUGCAAUAUCUGUGUCCACUUGUCAGUGUCAUAUUAGAUUCUCAUUAUUAUAUGAAUUCUCUGAUGUACUUCAACCAUCAUCAGCAGAAUGUCUUGCUGCAGAAUUUUGUUCCUAUUUCAACCAAUUUCCUAUUAUUUAUCCCUAUUUAUAAAAUGAUGCAUUAUAAACACGUUAGAUUGUUUCCCUUGUUAAUUAUUCCUGUAGAUUUGAAGAUUUUACAUAAAUAAAUUACACAAAAAAAUAUAUAAGCAGUGAGGAUUUUUUAAUUAUACAAUAUAGCAGAUGUAGGGUCUAUUUAUCUUAUGGGCUAUUCCUCUACGCUUUCAGUCAUUGUGAUCACUUGAGAAUUGCUUUAAAAAGUAACUUGAUAAAUAUUAUUGCUCACACUCAGCCUAUAACUUCUUUUUUUUUUUUUUUUUUUAACAGCUGUCUCUGAGAGUG